CCAACACGAACGUCACGACGAUUUCAAUGUGCUGAGCAGGUUCGGCUGCCUCCUCGUGGUAGAGAAGCAUUUUAGUGGCAAAAUAUAUAAUGGAAGAUGAAGACGAUCCUGUCGUGGAAGAGAUUCCGGUAUACCUUACGAAAGCACUAGCAGAAAAUUUAUACGUACUGCAGUACCCGCACAAGUCAGCGUCAUCCACGUUCGACGAUGGCCAGGUGGUGAAUUGUUGUGUGAAGCCUAUCAACCAACAGAUCAAAGUAGACUAUGCCUUGAACACCGCAUCCAAGAACUAUGACACCUUCAAAGGGGAACAGUUGGCACUCGCAGCCGACGGUAAGCAGCGGGACAAAGGCCAAAAGCUUACGUUCCGCAGCGGUACGAUGGACAAACAGUCGUUCCUGAGCACGAAACCGAUCGACGACGUGAGCCGGUACCUGGUGUGCGUGCUGCAGGACGGUGAGAUGCAUGCGACCCCGCUCAAAGGAAUCGGCUUGAUGCGGCAAAUGUUUUCCUACUUCGACAAGCAGGACAAGCGCACCAAGGCGGAACAGAAAGCGGAACAGGAUGCGGACGGUGGUGCGGCCGACGAGGAGGAGGAACUGAAGCAGGUGACGGUCAAGUUUGCCCGGCAGGAAAAUGAAAAGGUGCGCAAGGCGCGCGAAAAAUCGUUCAACUAUCUUUCGAAGCUGGAAGCAGAAGAACCGUGGUGUGAAACGUUUUGGCACGAGAAAACGUCCGCUACGGCGGAACUGGAGCGCCAGAAGUUGGUCAGUAGUGGUGGUGCGAGUGGCCGAUUCGAGACGGAUAAUGCGGCGCUGAACGUUAAACCGGUAGAGUAUAUGGAUAUGUUGAUAAGCAAGGAGAAAACGGACCGAAACAUUGAUUCCCUGCUGCCGAGUAGAGUGAUCUGUAUGCACAAGCUAAAACAGCUUCCACUGCAGGAACAGCUGAAAGUCAUUCUCACCGAUGCUAAAGUAAUCACAUCGCAACAAAUACUCGAACUGCUCCCAGAUCGAACGUUAGCCCCGGAAAAGGUACGCCGACUGUUGCCACAGGUCGGUUGGCUUAUCCGUGGGAACUGGGUCGUCCAGUCGGAACACAUCUACCCCGACGGUAGCGUAUCCGGUACGAAUGGUGUCGCAGCGGAACAGAUGCGCAAAGCGCGCGAUUACAUUAUGUUCCGCUUUACGAAAUGUGAUAAGCUCGAGCGGCAACAGUUGGUCGCUACCACGCAGCUGCCGGCGGAGGAAAUACGCGAGAUACUGUGCACGAUAGCGAAGCUAAACCCGGCCGACCGUACCUGGAGCAUGCUGCUGCCACCGAACGAAGGGUUCCAGUGUGUGGACGAGCAGGAGAUCAGUGAUCGGCAGGGCGCAUUCUGGACGGCCCGGUCGGAUAAGUUUAACGAGAUGGAACGGAAUAGUAGCGGCAGUGGCGGUAGUGGUGCGGGUGCAUCCACAUCGAAACGGAUCCGGAAACGUUCUACCCGCGAUAGUUAGCUAAGCCG